GCGCGGGCCAUGCAGGAAGUAAAGAGCGGCGCGGUGGGCUUGGUAACGGAUAUUAGCCAAGCAGCGGCUUUUCUGAAAUUGCAAGGGUAGGAAAUAGCGAUUUCCGCUGUCACCUAGGGAUAGAGGAGAAUUCUGUUUAACAGCGAUCAUUAACUAAAAUCAUGGCAGCUGCCAGCAGUGAUAUACACCAUCCUGUAGAUCCUGGAAUAUCAAAGCUGCAGUUUGCUCCCUUCAGUAGUGCCUUGGAUGCAGGAUUCUGGCAUGAACUAACCCAGAAGAAACUCAAUGAGUACCGACUGGAUGAGACCCCAAAAGUUAUCAAAGGAUACUACUACAACGGUGAUCCUUUGGGUUUGCCAGCUCGCUUGACACUGGAGUUUAGUGCCUUUGAUAUGAAUGCUUCAAUACCAGCGCGUUGCUGCCCUGCUUUUGGAACAUUGUAUAAUACCAACACUUUUGAGACUUUCAAAUCCUGUGAUAAGAAAUCACUUUUGGAAAAAGAAGCAAAUGAGAUUUGGGAAUCAAUAAAAUCUGGAGCUGCUCUUGAAAACCCUAUGCUCUUGAACAGGUUCCUGCUGCUGACAUUUGCAGAUUUAAAAAAGUAUCAUUUCUACUACUGGUUUUGCUACCCUGCUCUCUGCUUCCCUGAUGGAAUACAUAUAAUUCAGAAACCAGUGUGUCUUGGUGACAGAUUCUCGCUCAAUCAGAUUCAAGCACUUCAGAAAGCAUAUGAUGAACUUUGCCAGAAAGAGGGGGUUACAGCCUUGCCUUAUUUUUUAAUCAAGUAUCACGACAAUUCUGUUAUGGUAUCUCUACUGAAAAAGUGGGAUGUUUUCUUCCAAGACCAAGGAGGAAAGGUGACAGUUGGAGUUUAUGAUCCAUGUAAUUUAUCUCACUAUCCAGGAUGGCCGCUGAGAAAUUUCCUGAUCCUGGCAGCCCACAAAUGGGGCAGCAUUCUCCAGUCAGUUGAAGUGCUCUGCUUCAGAGACAGAACCAUGCAAGGGGUGAGAGACAUAACACACAGCAUUAUCUUUGAAAUAAAACUUCCAGACAGAGCCCUUGGCCCAGAUUGUCCAAAAGCUGUAGGAUGGGAGAAAAACCAAAAGGGAGGCAUAGGUCCGAGGAUGGUGAAUCUCAGCGAAUGCAUGGAUCCCAAAAGGUUAGCAGAAUCAUCAGUGGAUCUUAAUUUGAAGUUGAUGUGCUGGCGGUUGGUGCCUACUCUUGAUUUGGAAAAAAUUGUGUCUGCCAAGUGUCUGCUGCUAGGAGCUGGUACACUGGGUUGUAGUGUUGCAAGAACCUUGAUGGGUUGGGGAGUCAGGAAGAUUACAUUUGUGGACAACGCAAAGAUCUCCUACUCCAACCCAGUACGACAGCCACUGUAUGAGUUUGAAGAUUGUCUUAGUGGGGGGAAGCCAAAGGCACUUGCAGCAGCGGACAGGCUACAGAAAAUCUUCCCAGGAGUGAGUUCAGAAGGCUAUAACAUGAGCAUUCCUAUGCCAGGCCACCCAGUGAAUUUUUCUGAAGUAACAAUGGCACAGGCUCAGAAGGAUGUGGCUAAACUUGAAGAGCUUAUUGAUGCUCAUGACGUUGUUUUCCUGCUAAUGGACACCAGAGAGAGUCGGUGGCUUCCUGCUGUCAUUGCAGCCAGCAAGAGGAAGUUGGUCAUCAAUGCUGCAUUGGGAUUUGACACAUUUGUUGUUAUGAGACACGGACUAAAGAAACCAAAACAGCAAGAAUCUGGUGAUUCAAGUUUCAACAAUGCCUCUGGUUCUUCUGAUCUCUUGGGAUCAUCACUCUUUUCAAAUAUCCCUGGCUAUAAACUGGGUUGCUACUUCUGCAAUGAUGUUGUGGCACCAGGGGAUUCCACCAGGGAUCGAACAUUGGAUCAGCAGUGCACGGUCAGUCGACCUGGAUUAGCCAUGGUAGCUGGAGCGCUUGCAGUGGAGUUAAUGGUUUCUGUUUUACAGCAUCCAGAAGGUGGUUAUGCUGUGGCCAGCGGUAGUGAUGAUAGAAUGAAUGAGCCGCCUACUUCUCUUGGACUUGUUCCUCAUCAGAUCCGUGGAUUUUUAUCAAGAUUUGAUAAUGUUCUUCCAGUCAGCCUGGCAUUUGAUAAGUGCACAGCCUGUUCAACCAAAGUUCUUGACCAGUAUGAACGAGAAGGGUUUAAUUUCCUAGCUAAAGUUUUUAAUUCUUCACAUUCCUUCUUAGAAGACUUGACAGGUCUAACUUUAUUACACCAGGAGACACAGGCUGCUGAGAUCUGGGACAUGAGUGAUGAUGAAACAGUCUGAAAAUCAGCUGAAUAAGGUGGAAGAUGACCUACUUUGGACUGCAGCGUUGCCUUUUAUCUGUUACUCGACAAGUUAAUGAUUGCUUACCCAUUCUGACUGCUACAAAUACAAACAAAUAUAAUCCACAUUUUGACAUGAAUAUCUUCACCCUAAAAGCAGUCUGUUAUGGAUAUAACUCUCCACAUUUUCAUUUUUAUUAUGUAAAUAACUAAAGCAAUGUGGUUGUGUUUAAACCUCAUCUUCUUUUCUUUUUUUUUUUUUUUUUUUUCCAGUUUCUAAAUAUGGCUUACAUAUAAAACAUGCUGCUUAAGUAAACUUUGGUGUUUUAUUUGUCCCAGUUUUUAUUUUACUUGUCAAUGGACAUGUUGAAGCAGCAUGUCUAAAUGUCUUUUUUCAUCUUUCCCAGAUUUGUGCCCCUUUAGUUGGAAUUAAUUGUUAAUAUUCUGCUUUUGGGAGUUAAACUGCGUCUUUAAAGGACAAGAGGAGUAGGUAAGAACCUACACCUACUGCCUACACCACAUUGCUUGCUGUUUCAAAGUACACACUUAGAGUACAAUUGAUUGUUCUUGCCUGUGUCAAUGGAGGUGUUACUAUCUGUAAAGAUCUCAUCAUUUCAUGCUAUGGAAAAAAUGUGGUUUGACUUAUUUUUAAACAGGAAAGACCAAAAUGCAUUGGUAUCAUGAUUCCCCUGAAGUUUAGAGAAAGCUCUGUUAUAUGGUAAAGAUUGCUUUGGGGGGGUGGAUCACUGAUUCAGUCAAAAUCUGUAGAGAAAUGCUGAACUGAAAUACGAAAUACGUUCUCUAACUUUGCUCUUCUUGGAUGCUGUCAUGCAGUACUUCACAGGUGUUAAAAAAAAAGCAAUUCUGAUUUUCAUUUUGGUUGGAUUUUAAGUUUUUCAAUUUCUGCCGCAUCAGCAAUGGCUUCAGAGAUUAUGGCUGAGCACAAACAAUAUUCUGAGAAUCCCUGAAUUUAAAAGAUAACUUGAGAAAGAAGGAUUUGCAAAGUGUUGAAGUAUAUUACUACAAAAUUGAAAGUGAAUCUCUUGGGUUUUGUAUUGGAAUAGGUUUUAGAAAUAUAUUUGAAAUCCCUUUUAUGGCUUUAUAUUGUGGGGAUUAUGAACUAACUCAGAAAAAAUGCAAAUCACUUUAUCUGCCAAGCAGUCUUUAUUUCCAGUGUAUAUUAUGAAAAUUAGUUGGUCAAUCCAAUUAUUUUCGUUCCUUCCUGAAUAUUUGGUGUAGAUAAUUUCACAGCUUCUCUCAUCCCCUGUCAGAAGUUCUGUCAGGUCAAAUUUGCCUAAAAACAAGGAUAUCUGCAACUCCCAUAUUCCAAUCAUGAAGAUUUAUUGAAACAUGCUGAGGUUUUCAUCAAGUGUCUAUAAUAGCUAUUAUUUCUAUUUAUUUUAACUAUCAUAUUAAUUAUAUUUAUGUAAUUUCUUAUGUUGCCUUAAGGGAAUGUCUUUAUUUAGCUGACUUCAUUGUAAUGUAAAAAUGUAUAUGAAUGAAAUAUAUUUUUUGGAAGACUAGUAAUCAUAGGAAACUGAUCUUUUGGUGGUCAAGCAAUGAACAGUAAGACUAAUAAUAUGCCAUGUCCUUUUCAAAGCAGUUUGUUAAUGUACAUAAUUAGUUAUGACCUCAAAUGACUUCCCGUUUUUAGCCAUGCCAUAGUCCAACCGGAAUCAUGCGUCAGUACCAGGGUAGUUUAAAGGGAAUGAUCUGCAUUUUUAUCUUUUGGAGUGUAGAAGUCUCUUUGCAGUUUUUGGUUAUCUAAAACUUGAAAACUGGACAUCUUGCUGAAAUGACCAACAUUAAUAAUUAUUUUAAGUACCUGAAACUCUGCUUAUCCUGUUAAAGUUACAUUGUAGCUUUACAUUGAAAGUAUCUGUUUAACUGCAGAAGUAUACAAGAUCGAAAGGUUCAAAACUCAGGGUUAAUAUAAUGUUUCCUUACCUCUGUAAUUUCAGUAACAUACAACUCUCAGGCUGAGCUGUUUCCUGUACAUAUGCUUCCCAGAUGUCUCUGAUGUCCAGAAACACUUCAGUUUGACUUGGAAUAACUUCCGUUGUCUAACUAUAAUGUUGUUUUCUUUCUCCUUGCAGACCAGAAUUGUUCUUGUUUUGCUUUUACUCAAUUUCUAGGCAUUUACUGAGUGAGGAAUCAUGAGAAUCCUUUCAAACGAAUGAAUGCACAUUCAAAUACUAUUAACAGAUGAACACAUUUAUUUACUGGCUUGUAUGCACUUACUGUCAGGAUUUUGUCACAGUCCUCAGCUCCAGUUAUUGCUGUUUGAUGGAAGAAGCUGAACUUUACCUUUCUUCAUGAAGGAGGUAGGAGUUAAAUUCUAUUUGUGCUGCCAUGACCUCCUAGGCAUCCGUGAAGAGCCCAAACUCAUACUUCCAUUGUAGAACUCGGCAGCUACCAUGGCUUUUCAGGUAUAAACCAAAUCUGUUGGGAAUGAACAGCCUCAGAGGAACCUACUCAUCUUCCGAAACUAUCAAACAGAAAUGUAAUGGCAUUAUAUAGCAGUGUGGGUGGGACCAUAUCUCACAGAAGGCAACUCUGACACCUAAAUAUCACAUCUGGGGACAUUUAAUAGUGUUAGAAGACCACAGAUCUCAAUGGAGAGCUGUUGACAUAAUUUUUGUGCUUGAUUAUUUUAGAAACUCAUAGAAUGAUAACCUCUGUUUUGCUUUCACACUUCUACUGACUAGAAUUUUUCUUCAGUGUUAUGCCUUCAAUGCGUUUGCUGGCUGAAGUCUACAAGUGGUCACCGAGUACUACCACAUUUGUGAAAGUGAGGAGCUUGAGAUUCUACAUGAGUUUUCUUCUUUAAAGACCACACUUGCUCUCAUCCUUGCUUUCACAAUCUGCUGCUAAGUCCUCUUCACCUUUGUCAUAGCCUGUCAGUCAGGAAUAAACUUCACUUAGGACAUGCCCUUUAUAUCAUGUGUAAAUUGUCUUAGCGCCAUUAAAGCCAGCAGAAUCAUAAGCUCAGCCCACAUGAGAAUCUAUUCCGUGGAGCAUGGGGCUAGUUUGAGUCUUAAGCCAUCAACAUUGGGCUCUAUAAGGGAGAAAGGGUACAAAUUUGAAAAUUAUAUUGAAAUCUGCGAAGAAAGAUUCAUGAUAGCCCAGACAGGUUGGUCGAAAAAGUCACCAGGGAAUUGAACCAUAGGAUUUAUGUUCCUAGGAAACUGAUGAUUCCCAGGAACCAAAGGGGGAUUCUGCUUCAGUAGAAGUCAACAGCACAAUACUUAUUUAGGCACCUCAAAGGGAACUGCAGUGAUUGCUCCAGCCCUUAAAAUCAUUGACCUCGAGCCUGGAAAAAUACUCUUCCCUUCCUUGAGUUCUGUAUGGCUUUGGUAUUGUGUCCUCGGUGAAGUUCAGCGACAUAAACUAAAAUUUCACUUUUGUCACCUUUGAUAUUCUUACUCCAUUUCCUGUGUAAUGUUCUUUCUAAUUUUAUUUCUUUGUAUAAGAUUUGGUGGCAUACCUUAAGUACAUGCCACAUAAGUAUUAGCAAAACUGAAUAAUUUUUCUAUAUAUAAUCAUUUUCUUUUAAUUUCACACUUGUUCUCUCAUGGAAAACUCUUACUGAAAUGGGUUUUAUGUAUUUCUGAACUUUUUGCUGUGCACCCUCGAAGUGUAUCAUAGCAGUUCUUUCUUCCUCUUACUGAAUCAAAUUCCUUCUAAAUGUACGUUAACCAGUCUCAUUGGAAUUGCUAUUAGAAUCGUAGAAUCAUUUAGGUUGGAAAAGACCCUUAAAAUCACUGAGUCCAACUGUAAACCUAGCACUGCCAAGCCCACCACUAGCCGCUUCAGCAUUGCACUACUCCAGGACAGUGUCUGGCUGGGAAGAGUUCACCCAACUCCCACCUUUCCUUUGAGUUUUCUUCCUCUUUUUCAAGCCAAAUCAUAAAAACAGCAAGAUUGCUUCUCAGCAAUCUUUGUGACUGAGAAUAGACUCUGGUAUGCAGGAUUCUCAUUAAUGCCAGUGAAAAGAUCACUAAGCUUCCGAUCACUGGCUUUUGGGCUCUUGAUCAAGAACAGCUCCGCCUGUGUCUUGCAGAAUCAUUAAGAGCCAUGACAGAAUCCAUGAGGAUAUUUUUAUAUAGCUUCUCUUCAGAGUAUAACCAUAUCUUCAGAGUUCAAGGAGAGUCCUAAGUCUCUAGUCUUACGGGAAUAGGAAGGAUAAUUCACAUUCUUUUGAAAACAAAUAUGUUGCAAGCUGACACAUAGUCAGCCUUUCUUGUCGUUCUGCCGGCUGCCCUGCGGCGCGAGUCCAGCCCGUGCUCUGGGAGCGCGAGCAGCCCUUCUCGUGCUGCCCGUCGGCUCAGUUUGCUGUGCUGUAACUUUGCCUUCAGAGUGUACAGAAGCUGAAGAGAGCAUGAACAGCUAGAUCCUGAGAUUUUUUCCUUGCUGCUUUUCCAGAUUUAUGUACCCAAGUUUUUUGGGGUUUUGGGUUUGGGUUUUUUUUUUAAACAAUAGUGCAAUACGUUCGUUAGAAACAAAUAAGCAUUUAUACCCCAAAGAGAGCUAUUAAAGAAGUAUUUGCAACAUGGUAAACUUUAGCAGACUUCCUAAGAAACAUAGUCUGGAAGAUAUCCUGAGCCUGUUACCAUUUUUUUUUUUUUUUUUUAAUCUUGACAUGGCUUCAUUAAUUCCUUUUUUUUUUUUUUUUCUUUUUUAAAUUUUCAGUGCAGUUGAUGUGUUUGUGCACAUCCUGCCAAAAUGAAACCUCCCUUUAGGAGGGUGUUGUGCACCUUUUCUCUUUCAGAACACCUGGAUUAACUGUUUUGAAAGACAGAAAUACCACACUAGAAGGACUUUGGACUGUCCCAGUCUGACAAGGUGUAAAUUCCUAACCUAUGAAAAACCUACUCACCCGUCCCAUUCCAGUUCCAGCUCUCUUUCCCUUGCAGCUGCCUGGACCUUCUCCAGAACCGUAACAGUGUUUAAAAAUACUGUGGCACCACACAGGUAACGCUUUAGGUUUGAAAUUAAUAGAGACUUUCCCUCUCUAUUACUACUCCAGCUAUCCAGUGUAAUAAUUACUAAAAGAGUUAAUUUUUUUAUUUUUUUUUUUUUCUGUGCAGCACUUCACAGGUUUUGGAAUAGAAUGCCCUAACGAUUUGUUGACAGUGUUUACUUUUAUUGAUACCCUUUUGUCCACUGCCACUGGUAGUAGUGGCUCUUCCCAGUGAGCAGUGAUGGACACAGCCAGACUCUGUGCUUUGGUGGUAGCACUACUCCUGGGUUGACGCAGAGAGGUUAACACUGCUUGCUUUUUCCCCUAAACUGUAAAAUGAAUGGAAAUUGGAUAUAUGCACUUGGCAAAGAAUACCUAUGGGAUUUGUUCUGUUUUAUCCCAGGUCAAAGAAACUGGUCUGUUGCUCCAACCCAUUGUUUUGUUGAAGUAUUGUUGGCUGUUCUUUGAAGUCAUGUAGUGUUAACCAAAAUAGGCCGUGGCUCGGGCUAAUUUGUAGCCACUUUUCUCUUAAGUACAGUAGCUGAAAUUCAGCAGUCGGUGUUCUUCCACUAGCCCGUGAUUGGUGUUUGCUUCAGGUUUUAGUGAAGUCUUUGGAGUGAGUCACUUGAGGAUUAUUUUAACCUGGCCAAGGAAAUUGGCGCUGCUGAAGGGAAACUGAAGCUACGCCCAAAAGAAUUAAUAGCAAUAAGCUUGAGUAGCAAUGAUGUUAAGUACCUUAAGGUAUUCUCUAUCUUAGGGUGGCAUUUUUUUCACCUAAUUUCUCAGUUCAAAUGAUCUCACCCCAGGAUAAGGAUGCAGAUGAGUACCCCAACCAUAUAUAAUUUCAAGUUCUAAUUGUUGCCCUCGAUAAUUGAUAAUAUUACUUGCCUGUUGUGACUUCACCGCAACAUUUUUUCAGAUCUGGUGGAAUUAUUUAGGACAUUCUCUGAAAAGAUUUUCCGAACUCAUAAGCUGUUGGUCUAACUUUGCAAAUGAAGUAGCACGCUUGCUUUCUGUUUAAUCAGGCCAGUACUCCCCUGCCAUUGUGGCUUCUUGCAGGCACUUCCUUGGGCUUGGGGAUAAAAAGCGGCAGUCAGGGGCUCUGAAAACAAACAUGUUAUGUUUCCUGGCUGGCAUGGAGCACACGCUGUCUUUCCAUCUACUAUAGCAGUCUAAAUGCCUGUUUCCUCUUGUUCUUUGAAUAGAUGUUUAUAUAGGACAUGGAGAUAAAGUACAAUGGACUUUGCCUCUGGAACUGAAGGUUCCAGAGUAUCAUUUUAAAUGCUAAAAAUUUCAAAUUCUUAACAAAAUAUUUUAGUAAGCUAACAGGAAAAGACAGAAGUAUAGAUAUAGUGUUGUACUGCUGCAAAUCAAAAGCACGUUUUUUAAAAAAAAAUAUUCUUCAUAACUUCUCUCCUUUCCCAUACAGUAACUUUCUGUUCUUACAUUCUUUGGUGGUAGAUUGCUGCUUCAGUAGACUUUGAGCAGUCAAAAGCCCAGGCUUGUGUGUAACUUCAAUUUGCUUUUUAGCACUAGGACAUACAUUUGAUUUUGUAAGAUCUCAGCAAAACGAUUCAUUGUUUGAUUUGUUAGUGAAAUACUGUUACGCACUACGUACAUAAGAAAGGAGACGUUACUCUGGUUUCAUUCGUAGGGAGGAGGUCAGGGGUGUUUUCCUCGAUUUCUCUUUUGGUCUAAGGUGUGUGCCCUCUUAAGAAACUGCAGUUGACGCAUUCCGGCGAGGCAGCGCUGCAGGAGGCUGGUGCAUUUGAAAUGCAAGCUGGUGUCUCAUUUCUGGAAUGAUUUUUCUUUCUAAAUCAAAACCAGUAUGGGCUAAAACUGUGAAAGAAAUGCUGCUAAAAUUGUUUCCACAUCAUGUCAGUAGGCUUGGAAGAAAGGCAAGGGCCGUGGAGAUUCCAAGUCUGGCCCACUCUGAAUGUAUCUGAACUCUAGUUUUUGACAGCUGUUAAAUUGGUGUCCUUCCCACCCCACACUCCCCCCCUUCCUUUUUUUCUCUCUCCAUGAAUGUCUCCUUCCCUCCCCCAGUGCUCGGUGCCUCACUGGUGAGGGAGUGAUAUGGAUGAACAAGCAAAUUCAUUUCUAGCGACAGACUUUGUUUCAAAUUAGUGUGAGAGGCGAGGAAAUCUAUAAAGUAGGUAUGAUUUCACUUGGGUGCUUUGCUUUGUCUUUAAGUGUCUUUAUUUUAAUUUCGUGCUUCAAAGUCUGACUUUUAUGCAGUAAUUCUGUAGGUGUUACCACUUCCUCAGGAACCUGUGACUCAGGCAAAGUAUAAAUGAAAUGACAUCACCGACAACUCUUGUUUGAAUUGCCUGUUUCCUAAAUAGGGACUGUUGGUCUUUCUUUUAAUACUUGCAGCUUUGUUUUGGGUUUUCUUGGUGAGGGGGGAGGGUAUGAGGGGGUUUAAUUGUCUAAUUAGGCCUUAGUAGAGGCUCUGUUGUUACAAAGCAGUCUGAAUUCCCUCCUGAUUGGGGAGGGGGGGGAAGGAAAAGGUCUGAGCAUAAUUUUCCAUUCUUAUUUUGGAAGUAAUGCAAACAAAAGAAAUGUGUUUUCAUACUACUGGGCGGUUUUAAUGGCUCUCCCUGGCUGCUCUCAGCCGUGUGUAUUUGCACCACGGGAGAUUCGUGGUGGAGUUCAGUGUUCCCUCCCCUGCCACUGAUCUUGUCGGUGAUCGCGCUAUGUAAGUACCCGGCUAAAACAGGAGGAGCCGGCGGAGUCUGGUUCCUUGCGGCGUGUCUCCGAAGGCUGGAGCAGGUGGGCACGGCACGGGGCACGGCGGCUGCGCCCGCCGCAGCGCGCCCUUGGCCAAACCCCACAGACGUCACUGUGGGAGCCGGCUGUUAAAUGGUUGUUACAAGGAAUGUCAGGAAUUCUUGUCAUCAGAGGAAUGUGACAAGUUGGCUGUCUGUCCAGGUCAUUUAUUCCCAGUGUUCCUGGACAGGCUAUAAACGUGUUGCGUUUGUUUAUUAUUGCCAUGAGCAAGGGAUCACUGUCCUUCUGUUUAAACAGUAGCAGUUUUGGAACUCUGUAGGAACUAGGGCAGCAGAGACUUUGGAUGUGUCCGUUUGGUUGUGCUUUGAUGGUACGGGUUCUCACUGAGCAGGCAGUGCCAUUAUGGGUGCCCUCUAAAAGAAAACUGAAAGAAAGUCCAUGUAUUCAGGGAGGUGGUACCAGUGACAGCCACAGGCAAUGGUCUUUCUCCCAAUUAUGUCAAUCCAUGUCAAACUUUGGCACUGUUAAGAACCAUGUAAUUAGUUAUUUUUCAGAUGUCACACUAAAUCAAAAUCCUACAGAAAAAAAAAAAAGGUUCUCUUUCUGUUUUCUUUCUAAUUUUUUUUUUUUUUAUUUCAUCCCACCUUCCUAAAGUUGCUGUUCAUCUUCCUUUGGAUCCUUUGUUUUCUCAGUUACCCUUGUGCAGGGGUCAUGCAUGCUUUUAAUGAAAAACUCCUCCUCCAGUUCCAUCCAGUGGCUCUUAGAGCAACAGCUGUAUAUUGUUGUUGGUACUAAGCUGGGAAUGCUUUGAGAUAAUAGAUGGUAUAGAUGUAAUAAUAUUACAAUUAUUUGGUCACACAGAUACAAAGACAGUAUUCCCUUAAUGAAAAUGUUUACUGUUUCAUGUCUCUUGCAUGCAGUUAGACACUGUUUGUGAUUUUUCUGUAGGGCAGUAGUUAGGAAUGAGUGAGCUAUACACACUGUGCCCCGUGAGCCCCACGGGGCAGCAGCUGGGGAAUAUAUGUAGCUAGAUCAUUCUCACCAACUGCCUGAUACGCUUACGUGACUAGUGCUCUCAGAAAUCCUGGGGUAGGACUCUGCAAUUACUUGCUAACUAUAUUUUGUUGAACAGGAAUUCAGUAGUGUUUAGCAGUCAGAUAUUGCAAACUUUAGAUAGGCUUCCUUGUAGCCACACUGAUUUGCAAGGGAGGAAUGGUGCAAGGCAACUGGUGUGGUGUUGUACAGCAUUUCCCUCUUGCUGGGGAUAUUCUGGUUUCAUUUCCAACAGUGAUAGUGUCUGUUACUUAAUUUAGCUUCCUGUUGUUAGUAUUUGGAAAUGUCAUUAAGCAAUUCUGAUAGAUAACAUCAAGAUAUCCGCUGCUUAAAAAUCGGCUCAGAACAGAGAAUAACCACAUGCCUGUUGACCUGAGAUACUGAA